AUGCAGCUGCAUCUCAGGCACCAGCUGAGCCAGCAUCAUCAGGUCGGGUCACCAUGGGGAACUGCUGCGAGGCCAUCGUCAAUGUCCGAAAGAACACCAACGUGCGGGUCAGCCUACCCGCUGUCUGCUUCGUGUGGCAGAUUGCGAUGGUUAUCCUCUUUGGAGUGUUCAUCCGCUACGAUGACGAGUCAGACGCUCACUGGGAGGAAUUCAAAGCAGAAAAUAAUAUCACCAGCGAUAUUGAGAAUGACUUCUACUUCAGAUAUCCCAGUUUCCAGGACGUCCACGUCAUGAUCUUUGUCGGAUUCGGUUUCCUGAUGACCUUCCUGAAGCGUUACAGCUUUGGUGGAGUGGGCUUCAACUUCCUGAUUGCCGCCUUUGGCCUGCAGUGGGCUCUCCUCAUGCAGGGCUGGUUCCAUGCCCUGGACCCAAAUACUGGAAAAAUUACCAUCGGAGUAGAGAGUUUGAUCAAUGCCGACUUUUGCUGCGCCGGCUCUCUGAUUGCCUACGGUGCCGUGCUGGGUAAAGUCAGUCCUGUCCAGACGCUGGUUUUCACCUUGUUUGGUGUCACGCUCUUUGCCGUAGAGGAGUACAUCAUCCUUGACCUCCUGCACUGCAGAGAUGCUGGGGGCUCCAUGGUGAUUCACGCCUUCGGGGGAUAUUACGGUCUGGCCAUCUCCUGGGUGCUGUACCGACCCAAACUUAAACUAAGCAAACAGCUGAAUGGAUCGGUGUACCACUCGGAUCUGUUUGCCAUGAUCGGUACAUUGUUCCUGUGGAUGUUCUGGCCCAGUUUCAACUCGGCCAUCACAGAUCACGGCGCCGGUCAGCACAGAACUGCCAUCAACACAUACAUCGCCCUGGCGUCAUCCGUCCUCACCACCGUCGCCAUAUCGAGCGCGUCGCAAAAGAAAGGCAAACUAGACAUGGUGCAUAUCCAGAACGCCACUUUGGCUGGCGGCGUUGCUAUGGGAACCGCAGCUGAGUUCAUGAUCAUGCCGUACGGAGCACUCAUUGUGGGCUUCCUCACUGGCAUCAUCUCCACUUUCGGAUACCUUUUCAUCACGCCCUUCUUUGAAAAAUACCUGAAGCUGCAGGACACAUGUGGUGUGCACAACCUGCAUGCUCUUCCGGGCAUGCUUGGUGGCUUUACUGGCGCAAUUGUUGCCGCUGCAGCCACUGAAAGUGUCUACAGCGCACAGGGAUUGAUCGACACCUUUGACUUUGAAGACGAGUUUGCUGGCAGAUCUGUGGGCACGCAAGGUGGCUUCCAGGCUGCUGGCACGUGUGUUGCUAUUGCUUUUGGACUCGUAGGAGGAGCGCUUGUCGGUCUCAUCCUCAGGAUCCCAAUUUGGGGCGACCCUGCUGAUGACAACUGCUUCGACGAUGAAGUCUACUGGGAGGUCCCCGAGGAGGACGAGGAGGGGAGCAUCCCUCCGGUGCUGGAGUAUAACAACCACAUGAUCGAAAAGCACCAAGACCUAUCUGAAUCCAACUUCUCUGUGGAGCAGAGCUAGACACACAGUGGUUGAUCCCAAAGGACUUGACAGCACAAUAAACAAAUUGGAAAGAUAGACACAAUUGGUUCAGACGAAGGAACAUCCGUCAGAGUUUCGAAAGCGUAACAUCUGUAAUGAAUUACUUAUGACCGUGAGAAGAAUUCUGAAAUCCUCGUGUGUGAGUGUGUCAAUCAGAAUGUAUUCGUUCAAAAUAUUAUGAUAUAUGCAUUUGUAAAUUGUAGCGUUUGUUCAGAAAAUUGAAGAUGUUUGUAAGAAGUGUAGAGUUAAAUUGUUCCUAACAGUCAAAUUGUCCCAUCUACUUGUUAUGGUGGCUCAAGUUUUCGUGAUUAUGUAUGACAGUGUGUGCUCAAUUAUUGUACAAAUAGUGUUGUAUUAUUCUUCUGUUUCAAAUUCUUGAAUCACUUGAAAUUUCAAAUUAAAGAUGUCACAUUAUUA